AUGGCUGAUUUUGUCGACGAUGCCGUGCAGCAGCUUCUACAGCAGGCCGAGGAGCGCCUCAGCAGCGGCCGCAUAGUCGCGAAGCCGAAGCAAGCGCCGACAGAGUCCAAAACUGCGGCGACGACUGCUCGGCCAGUAGGGGGAGACGAUGCCAACGCAUUGUUGCCUCCUAAGCAGGAGAAGACAGAAGUCCGCGUGCCGCGACCUCCGGUAGCAGCAUCACAGCGGAAGGGUAAGAACACAGCAGGCGCCGAGUGGUUUGACCUCCCCAAAACCGACAUGACGCCAGAGUUCAAGCGAGAAUGGCAGCUGUUGCGUAUGCGAAACGUCCUAGACCCCAAGCACCAGAAAAAGGCCCUGCGGGCUGCCGCCCCCGAGUUCUCCCACGUCGGCAGGGUCGUGGCCAGCCCGUUUGAGCCGCGCAGCGCCAGGCUCGGCAGCCGCGAGAAGAAGAAGACGCUGCUGGAGAGCAUCAUGUCCGUGCACAACGACGCAAAGCUCGACUCCAAGUACUCGUCCGUCCAGGAGAAGAAGAGAGAAGGACGAAAGGCAUACUACAAAUCAGUCGUUGCCAAACGACGACGGAGAAACUGAGACGAUCCAGCCUACUUCCCUUUUCCAUUUCUUUUUCUUUUCUCUUUCAGAACGAUACCCCGGCCAUACUUCAGCGCCAAUU